UUACAAAGACGCGAGCACUCGAAAAAAAUGGCUCUCAAUGUUAGCAAAAAUAUCACUGAAGGACAAAAUGGCCUCCCAUCUGCCAACUACAAAAUUGUAAGCGACGAGCUCCUCGCUGUGGUGUCGGUGGUCAUGAAAAGUGCCAUGUAUGACGGCAUCAGUGGCUUCGGUUUACUGACCAACGCGGCCUGUCUGAAAGUUUUCUGGACCAUGGGCUUCAAAAACACCAUCAACGUGUCGUUCUUCGCCAUCACCAUCGCAGACAUGGGUUGCCUUCUGUCUUUGCUGUGGAUGGGCAUCUGCUACAACCCUCUUUUCGCGGACUCUAAUAUCAUCAUCGAUUCCCGCAGUGUUCAGUAUCUAACUGGUGGCUGGCCCAAAUUCUACUUCACUCGGGUCAGUGGAAUGAUUACGGCGUACUUGACCUUUGAAAGAUAUCUCUCCAUGACUAUACCUCUCAAGGUCAAGCUCCUUCUCACUCCGAGAAGGGUCAAGGCCAUUCUCGUGACCUUAUACAUCUUCACGGCUCUGUGUGUAGUCCCCAUCUACGUGCCUGCUCGUUUCACAUGGAAAUGGUUUCCAAGCAAAAAUAUGAGUCUGAUCAGCACGGAGUUUGUGGCCAGCAAAGGAACUAUUAACAUCAUUUCAAAUUCAUUAAAUGUAGCGUUUUACAAUGGAUCGUUUGUCAUUGUGGUCAUUUGCACUGCUGUCCUCAUUCUAAAACUAAAUGAAUCACGUGCGUGGAAAAAGAAGUCCACCAUGCGGUCAGACAGACAAGAAGUGUCGAAAGAAACUCGUGCCUCUAGAAGAGUUGUCUUCGUUGCAUUGUUGUAUAUCGUCUGCAACCUUCCCGGGUCACUGUGUUCCUUCUGCAUGGCGGCCUUCCCAGAAUUCAAUGCCGGUGAAUCUCAACAAAAUUUGUUCUUUUUCUAUGCGGCGUUUGUUCAUAUAAUCGAGGCAAUCAAUGCAUCGUGCAACAUUUUUAUCUACCAGAAAACCAGCAAGAAAUUCUGUCAUGUAUUUUUACAGACUUUUACACAUCGUCCAAACAAUUGCAAACGUAGACAACAAAAAGUGCAAAACUAAAGAAGCAAAUCUGAAAUAUGCAGGUCGGUGGCCCGUUUAACCAAAGCUCAGUCUUAGAUGGAACUAGUCUCACAUAUAAGUUUCGUGCAAUAAAUGUGGUGAAACUACAAAUGAAUAUUUGAUCACUAAGACGACUUAACUUUUCUAGAGAUGUGAAAUUGUUAGUAAUGUUUUUUCAUUGAAAAACAAAGCCCGCGGAAACAAUUCAACAAGAUAAUCAAACAUAAACCAUGCAGUUUGGAAUCAUGACGGCAUUGUGGAUUCAAUAUAUAUAUAUAUAUUGUUAUAACCUUGCCAUACACACCGCCAUCCAAGAUAGUGUAGAAAUUGCGCACUAUUAGAGACUAGACAGAGAAGAAUAUUGAUAUUAGUAAAAGACGAAAACAAGUUCCGCCCAAGUCUAGAGAUCAUGAUGUUGCUCUGUUCAAGGCAGACGUUGGUUUUUUUGUAUGUGUGAUGUCCUAAUGUAAAUAAAUAUCGUUGCCUCGUUGAAUUGCCUCCCUUAAGUUAUUACAUUGGUGUCUGAAAGGGGGAUUAUAGGUUGACUCAACAAGAGGGGGUAGGAUUCGAUCUCAAUGGCAUCCUUGAAACAAAUAGAC